AUUUGUUUUUUCUUAAUUGAUCUGCUUUAUUUGAUUGUUUUUAUGCACUAUCCACGCGAUGGGCUGCUUGCUCAGCAAGGAUGCCAAAGAGGCUAUAAAAAGAUCAAAAGAAAUAGACAAAGUGAUGGAGAAAAAAUGGAUCGAGAUGUUAAGCUUUUGCUUUUGGGCGCUGGAGAAUCUGGCAAAAGUACAAUAGUGAAGCAGCUUAAAAUAAUACAUGAUAAUGGCUUUUCGCCAGAAGAACGAAUUUGCUUCAAACUGAUUGUUUAUAGUAAUAUGCUUCAAAGCAUGAUUGCUAUAAUUCGAGCGAUGGGCGAAUUACGCAUUAAUUUUUCAGACGAUGACAGAAUGGCAAGCUAA